UGAAUCCAAUCACAUAAUUUAGCAACUCUAUGACAAAAUACAGAGAUUUAAGACUUGUUUUAUUCUUAGUUUCUUGUUCCAUCACAGGGCGAUAAAUAAUUGUAAAAUAUCAGGAGGAAUGCUUUUUUAAAACUUUAAAUCUUAAGAUUAAAGCAUUAUUUCCUGAAUAUUAAAUGGCGUUUUUUAAACAAAAGUUUGCUUGUCUUGACUCCGAUACUCCUGUUGGCCAUUGAACGCAGCAGGGAGCAUUAGCUCAGCCCGGAGAGAAGGAUUGGGAUCCAGAGAGGGAAGGAAGGAAGAAGAGAGAGAAAGAGAGAGAGAGGAGCUAAACAGGUGGUCUGAAAACACAGACAACAAUGUCGUCCGGCGGGGAGAAGCGGGACGACAUUUAGUCCUCCUUUUUCCAGGCAGGAAUACCGGGAUAACCUCGGGCAACAACAACAAAACCCCCUCCAUGCUCCCGUGUGCUUCCCACUCGGAUUUGUCCUCCUCGUCUCGGCUUUGCUCCGAACCUGGGGAAGUCCUCGGAGCCUGAGCCAUGAAAGUGACUGUGUGCUUCGGCAGGACCCGGGUGGUGGUUCCGUGCGGGGACGGGAACAUUAAAGUCCACGCACUUAUCCAGCAGGCUGUCAUGCGGUACAAGAAAGCCAUCGCCAAGGAUGCGAACUACUGGCUGCAGGUCCACCGACUGGAGCACGGCGACGGCGGGAUCCUCGACCUGGACGACGUGCUUUGUGACGUGGCUGACGACAAAGACAGACUGAUCGCCGUCUACGACGAGCAGGAGCCCCAUCAUGGCGGCGACGGCACCAGCGCCAGCUCCACCGGGACGCAGAGCCCCGACCUGUUCGCCGCAGACCUCGGCGCUGGCAGCAUCGCCUCGGCGUUCCAGCCCUACCAGAACGCCAGCGAGAUCGAAGUCACGCCUUCGGCCCUGCGAACCAAUAUGCCUCUCCACGUCCGGCGCAGCAGCGACCCCGCCCUCAUCACCAUCAACGGGCCGUUCAGCGCCUCGGAGUCGCGGGUCCAAACCGAAGAGCCUCCAUCCAGGAAGAACCCAACUCGCUGGUCCACUACUGCCGGCUUCCUGAAAGCUCGCCAUUCCUCCGGCACAAACAGCCUGGAGAGGAAGAGCAAAGGUUUGGACACGUACCGCAGCCUGCCGAGGGACGCAGGGACCUGGUCCAAUCAGAGGGAGUUUCAGAGAGACACAGCCAGGUCGUCGCUCAGCGCCAACCAUCCCAUGGUGGACCGCUGGCUGGAAAAGCAAGAGCAG